AAUAUAGGUAAAUUUGUUCCUGGCGUGAUGGACGUGAUGUUGGGUUAUUCGAAAGAUGGAUUAUUUAUGCGAGUUUAUUACCCAACGGAAGAAACAGUCAGCAUCGAGACGAAUCACGCUUCUUGGAUUCCGAUCAUACCUGACGCGGAUUACAUAAAGGGGUUGUCCACCGUGACGAUGCUUCCUUCGUUCUUUCUCAACUUAGCCUGGAAUUACUCAGGUCAUACUAGAAUUCCGGCGGUGUACGGAGCCAAAGCCAGAGUUACGGAUAAACUGAAUUGCAUCAUUUUCUCGCACGGUUUGGGAGCACUGAGGAGUUUCUACUCUUCCAUUUGCGUUGAGUUGGCGUCCAGAGGAUAUCUGGUGGCGGUUUUAGAGCACAGAGACCAAUCUUCCUGUCACACUUAUUAUUUCGAGUCCGAGGCGGCGGCGAAAGCGAACCAGAAGACGAGCAUCGAGUUCAAGCACAAGAAGUUGGGAAACGGACAUUUCGAGUUGAGGAAAGAGCAGGUUCAUUAUCGGAUGGGAGAGGUGUGCAAAGCUUUGGACUUCUUCUUGGCUCUGAAUGGAGGCGAAGUUCCGCACAAUGUAAUUACGGAUGUUCCGACCCGAAGAGAAAUCAAAUUCGAGCUGAGCGAUCUCGUUGGGAAGAUCGACGUGGAGAGUCUUUCCGUCGGCGGUCACUCUUUCGGCGGAGCCACAGCUUUGCUCGCGCUUUCGCGUCGCGAAGAAUUCAAGCAAGGGAUUCUUCUCGAUCCGUGGAUGUAUCCGAUCAAGGAAGAACAUCUGGACAGCAAAGUGACGAAACCGUUGAUCUUCGUGAACACGUACACCUUCCACAUCGUCAACAACGUGAAAGCCAUGGAGCCGUAUCUCACCGGCGAGAAGACCAGACGGAUGUUCACGAUUCUAAAUUCGACGCACGAAUCGCAAACGGAUUCCGUCUUCCUCGUCGGCUACUGGCUGAAUUGGUUCAUGAAGAAGAUCGACCCGCAAGUCGCCACGAACAUCAACAACUACCUGAUCCUCAGGUUUCUGAAGGGACAGACAAAGAACAAGGAGAACAUAGACGAUUGCGUUAUUUAUUUGAGAGACAACGAUCGUCACUUCAGCGAGGGCCUCACCAAGCCCUGGGCUUAAGACCGAAGAUAAUCUUGUACGGCAUCCAUCAUUAAUUCCUCGAAAUCGCUGUACACGUCUUUCGCGUAAUCAACAUUGUC